AUGGGCGUGGGAAAAGCACUGGCCGAGUACACGGCCGCGGAAGCAGCGCCGCGAUUCCACGCGCUGUGCAGCUCGACAUUUUCGAUGCUGCAAGAGCGGACGAGACUUGCACGCGAGAUUGCGACGUCGCAUGCUUCUGCGACGUCGUUUCACACCUCGUUCCCCUUCUUUGGGCGCGAUAAAAUGAUCGACCAGAAUUUGCAUAUACUGCUCCAAGCGCUCGAUACAUGGGACGCGAUGUGCCGCAGUGGCGACCUUUUAGAGUCUGAAAAUGUGCCGCGGCAGGACCGCCUUGAAGAGUGGACUGGCACGGUCCGUGAAUUGGUCGCGAUGCUGCGCAACGUGAACAAUCUCGUGAACGACCCGCACGGCUGCGCAAUGGCGAAUGCCUUUGAAAGUCGCUACGAAUCCAUCUUAAAAGAGCCUGUAGAAGCGCCUCAGUUUGAGCAAGAGCCCGCGGUACCGUACGACGACUUGACGGGCUACAUUGACGCAUUGCCUUCUGCAUCCAACGCGCCAGUUCCCCAUUACGAUGGAGACCAAGCCGCGGCGCUUGCAGCGCAAGCGUGGAAAUUUUCCGAGCAGGAUGCGCACCUGGACAGGCUUGGCGCAUCCAUAUCGCGGCAGCACACACUGAGCAUUCAAAUGAACGACGAGCUGGAGAUGCACGCUGGGCUUCUGCACGAGUUGAACGAGGAUGCAGAGUCUACAGGCUUGCGCUUGGGCAGCGCAGGCAGCCGCCUGAACCAAUUCCGCGAGCAGGCUGGCGGAAACGGUGCGUGA